CAGCGACUCGGCCCGCCGCCCCCGCCCGGCGCGCCUCAGCCUGUGCUCACGGCGAGCGGCGGGAGCCGCCGCGCGCUGAGAGGCGCUGCCCGUGGCCGGAGUCGGAGCGAGGGAGAGCGGGCGAGCGGGCGGGCGAGCGGGCGAGCGCGGCGGGGAGAUGUGCCCGGAGGAGGGCGGCGCGGCCGGGCUGGGCGAGCUCCGCUCCUGGUGGGAAGUCCCGGCCAUCGCGCACUUCUGCUCGCUCUUUCGCACGGCGUUCCGCCUGCCCGACUUCGAGAUCGAGGAAUUAGAGGCAGCUCUUCACAGAGAUGACUCAGAGUUUAUCAGUGAUCUGAUUGCCUGCCUGCUUCAGGGCUGCUAUCAGCGAAGGGAUAUCACGCCUCAGACAUUCCACAGCUACCUGGAAGACAUCAUUAACUAUCGUUGGGAGCUUGAAGAAGGAAAGCCCAAUCCUCUGAGAGAAGCCAGUUUCCAGGACCUUCCUCUGCGCACUCGGGUAGAGAUCCUGCAUCGCCUCUGUGAUUACCGGCUAGAUGCAGAUGAUGUCUUUGAUCUUCUCAAGGGUCUAGAUGCAGACAGUCUCCGAGUAGAGCCUCUGGGUGAAGACAAUUCAGGUGCACUCUACUGGUACUUCUAUGGGACACGAAUGUACAAAGAAGACCCAGUACAAGGAAGAUCCAAUGGAGAACUCUCCUUGAGCAGGGAAAGUGAAAGACCAAAAAAUGUCUCAAAUGUUCCUGGAAAAACAGGCAAAAGAAGAGGAAGGCCUCCAAAAAGGAAAAAAGUACAGGAGGAGAUUAUAUCGAGUGAAAAACAGGAAGAAAACUCCUUGGCAUCUGACCUACAGACAAGAAAUGGGUCCCGAGGACCAGGCCAAGGUACUUGGUGGCUCCUGUGUCAAACAGAAGAAGAAUGGAGACAGGUCACCGAGAGCUUCCGAGAGAGGACCUCUCUCCGAGAGCGGCAACUCUACAAGCUUCUCAGUGAGGACUUCCUGCCUGAAAUCUGUAACAUGAUUGCCCAGAAGGGAAAACGUCCACAGCGCACAAAGCCAGAAUUGCAACAUAGGUUUAUGUCUGACCAUCUGUCCAUCAAAUCCAUCAAGCUAGAGGAGACUCCCAUGCUCACCAAGAUGGAGAAACAGAAGCGCAAGGAGGAGGAGGAGGAGCGGCAACUCCUGCUGGCGGUGCAGAAGAAGGAGCAGGAGCAGAUGCUGAAAGAGGAGAGGAAGCGGGAACUGGAGGAAAAGGUCAAGGCAGUGGAAGAUCGAGCUAAGAGGAGGAAGCUCAGGGAAGAGCGAGCAUGGUUGCUGGCUCAAGGCAAGGAGCUACCCCCAGAACUCUCCCAUUUGGACGCAAAUUCUCCUAUGAGGGGAGAAAAGAAGACCAAGGACCUCUUUGAGCUGGAUGAUGAUUUCACUGCCAUGUAUAAAGUUCUAGAUGUGGUAAAGGCUCACAAGGAUUCCUGGCCCUUCUUGGAACCUGUGGAUGAAUCUUAUGCCCCCAACUAUUACCAGAUUAUUAAGAUCCCCAUGGAUAUUUCAAGCAUGGAGAAGAAAUUAAAUGGAGGUUUAUAUUGUACCAAGGAGGAAUUUGUAAAUGACAUGAAGACCAUGUUCAGGAAUUGUCGGAAAUACAACGGGGACAGCAGUGAGUAUACCAAGAUGUCUGAUAAUUUAGAGCGGUGUUUUCAUCGGGCCAUGACAAAGCAUUUUCCUGGUGAAGAUGGAGACACAGAUGAAGAAUUUUGGAUCAGAGAGGAUGAAAAACGGGAAAAAAGAAGGAGUCGGGCUGGUCGAAGUAGUGGAAGCCAUGUUUGGACCCGCUCUAGAGACUCAGAAGGGCCCAGCAGGAAGCACGCACCAGUGGAGAAUGGAGGGAAAUCACUGCCCCCUGCUCGCCGAGCUGCCUCCUCAGGGGAUGACCAGAGUAACAGCUCUAUGCAGCUCCCUCCAGAGGUGGGCACAUCAAAUGGCCAAGGUUUCCCCCACCCCCUGCACUGUAGCAGAGUGCCUAGCCAGGCACCCCCUCUAAACCAGAUGAGGCCAGCAGCACCAGGAACAUUUGGCUCUCUUCAAGGAUCAGAUCCCACCAACUUAUAUGGCUCCUCUCGAGUCCCAGAGGUAUCCCCAGGAGAUUCCUUGCAGCACCCACCCUUUGCUAUACAGGCUCCAGUGGGAAUAAGUAACCACCGAGGAACCCGACUCAAUGCUCCUAAAGAAAAGAUGUGUGGGGGGCUAACACACCUUUCCAAUAUGGGAUCUCAGCCUCCCUCCUUGCAGCUUGGGCAGAUGAAUUGUCCCAGUCAAGAUGGAAACAUUUAUCCACCAGCUCCAUUCCAGGCAGGAUUUAUUCCUUCUAGGCAUGGUGGGACUCCAGCCCGACCCCCAGACUUCCCUGAAAGCUCAGAAAUUCCUCCCAGUCACAUUUAUCAUUCAUACAAGUACCUGAAUCGAGUACACCCUGCUGUCUGGAAUGGGAACCAUGGUGCUACAAACUCAGGACGUUUGGGGCCAGAUGAGAAGCCCCACCUGGGGCCAGGACCCUCUCACCACCCUCACACCCUUGGCCAUGUGAUGGAUGCCCGAGUGAUGAGACCACCUAUCCCACCAAACCAGUGGAGUAAACAGUCAAGCUUUCUACCUCAUGGAGUUCCUUCCUCGGGGUAUAUGCAACCAGCCUGUAAGUCUGCUGGACAUCGGUUGCAGCCACCUCCAGCUCCAGCACCAAGUCCUCUGUUUGGAGGACCCUCCCAGGCCCUCCGGGGAGUGCAAGGAGGGGAAUCCAUGAUGGACAGUCCUGAAAUGAUCGCCAUGCAACAGCUCUCCUCCCGAGUCUGUCCCCCGGGUGUGCCUUACCACCCCCGCCAGCCCACUCCUCCCCAGUUACCUGGUCCCUUUCCACAGGCAGCUCAUGCAGCAUCAGUGUGUGUGUCAGUCCCCAAGCCUGCUUUGGACAACCCUGGGAGCACACAGGAUAUCAGUGAGACACAAGAGCCUGAGAAUGACCAAGCAGGGCCUUUGCCUAGGCUUGAAGAGAAAACAGCAAGCGUUUGUGCUUCGGAGGGGGUGUACCUCAAACAGCUACCUCACCAGACACCUCCCCUGCAAGCCAACUGUACCAGGCAAAGUUCACCACAAGAAAGGGAAACAGAGGGCUCGGAACUCAAAAAUGAUGCUUCGGAAACUGCAGACACUUACAAAGCAUCGAAGAGCAAGAACUCCUGGCCUUCGGACAGUAGCUACACCAGCCCAACUGUGCAAGGUUGUUUGAGAGACCUCUCUAUGGUGGCAGACAGAGGGACUCUACCUGAAAAUGGGGUUGUUGAUGAAACGUCUCCUUGUAGGUCAGAAGGGAAGGGCCUUGGUGGCAGUGGUUCAGAAAAGCCACUCUGCCCCAGGGGUAAAACAUUGCCGGAAACCAUGCCAUGUACAGGACAGAAUGCAACUACACCUCCUUCCGCAGACCCCAAUUUGAUGACAGGCACUAUAAAUCAGUUUUCUCCCUUGUACAUGCCUGGCCUAGAAUACUCUAAUUCAGCUACACAUUACCAUAUGAAUCCAGGUCUGCAAGGCUUGGGCUCUAUGAUGGGAGGAAAGUCCCCAGGAUCACAUCCUCAGCCCUUCUCUCCCAGGGGCUUCCAGCCUAACAGCCCCCAUCCUGGACUCUUUCCCCAAUACCGCCCCCAGCAGGGAAUGAGGUAUGCCUACCAGGCAUCUUCUCAGCCCUCAUACCACCCCUAUCAGCGGACUCCUUAUUACACAUGUCCACAGGGCUUUUCUGAUUGGCAGAGAUCUCUCCCUUCCCAGAGAAGCCCAAGUGAAGCCCCAGGGAGUCACCCCCCACGCCCUCUCUUCUCAGAAAAGAAUGCCUUGUCUAGUCUGCAAGGCUGUGAGACACUUAAUGCUGCCUUAACUUCUCCAACUCAAAUGGAUGCAGUGGCUGCUAAAGUUGUUCCAUCUGAUGGACAGAAUCCUGGUCCAGAGGAAGAAAAGCUGGAUGAAUCUGUGGAGAGGCCAGAGAGUCCCAAAGAAUUUCUAGAUCUGGAUAACCAUAAUGCAGCUACCAAGCGGCAGAGCUCGCUGUCUACGAAUGACUAUCUUUAUGGAACUCCACCUCCACCUCUGAGUUCAGGAAUGACUUUUGGCUCACCUGCUUUCCCACCCCACAGUGUGAUGCUGCAGACAGGGUCUCCUUAUACUCCUCAGCGUCCAGCCAGUCACUUUCAACCCAGGGCAUACCCAUCUCCUGUAGCUGCGCAUCCGCCUCCCCAUCCGGUGGCCACCCAGCCGAAUGGCCUCUCUCCAGAGGGCCCCCUCUACCGCUGUCAGGAAGAGGGCAUAGGUCACUUUCAGGCUGCAAUGAUGGAGCAGGCUGGCACUGGAAGUGGAAUAAGAGGCCCUUUCCAAGAAGUGCACAGACCAUCAGGAAUGCACAUGCAUCCAAUCCAGUCACAGUCCUUAUUCCCAAAGACUCCGGCACCUGCAGCAUCACCAGAACAGUUGCCACCACAUAAGCCCCCAACACUUCCUCUGGAUCAGAGCUAGUCCAAGGAGGAAAUAACCCCCAAGGACAUGGACAGCUGCACAUGAAGACGCACAGGCCUUGGAGUACUGGAGGACUGGCUGCUGUGUGCCUCUGCCCUGCCCUCCUGUCCCAGCUCUUCUGGGAAGCCUAGCAUCCUCCGAGCUUGAACUCCUGGCCUGUAGAUGCACACUCUAGAUGGCUGGCACACUUAGCAAGAGCAAGUGUGCUGGAGUUCUUGCUGGCUUCUCCACAUCUCAAGACUCUUGUUCAGGGAAAAAUCACUUUAAACUUGGGUGGAGGGUACAUGGAAGGAUGGAGUGGUGCUUUUAAACUUUCAUGAGCAGCUAAUCUCAGGUAUAUAUUUGGGGAAGGGACUACUUGUAGUAUUAAUGUUUUUACAGCUGGGUCCAGUUUACAGAAUUUUCAUGUUGCCUUUUUUUUUUUUUUUUUUUUUUUUUUUUUUUUUUUUUUUUUUUUUUUUUUUUUGGUGAAUGUAUUGUGUAUAGAGUGGGACGGUCAGCAGGUGGGCACAUGGAGGAGCUGGGAGUCCUUCCCAGCUAUGGCUGGCACACUGUACUGGAAUAGUCUCUAUCUAUGUAUAGUCAGGUCACACUGAAUGCUUGAGGAGCUUGGAAGAGAGACCUGAAAGGUCUCAGCUUGUGUAUGUCACUAAUGUGUUUUCCAGCCAGCCUCAGAGAUGACUCACUGCAUCUGUUCUUCUCAGCAUUCAUUCUCAGUUUGGUGGCAGGUGCUGUCUUGUGGCCUACUGGGUGUUUCAGCCAGAGGACAGGCUGCUCUCACUCUGGUGGCCCAAAUUCUGGAUUCAGGAAAGCACGUCCCUUCCUGAUUUUUCCACCAGCUCUACCAGAUAGUUGUAAACCAGGAGUUUGGGCUCUCUAGAGUGUUUUACUUAUUAGAAGAUAAAGUGGCUUCUUCAUGGGCCUGUUAGGCCUGUGGUCUAGAAGGCAUCACACAACGCUUUCUAGCACAAAUUGUGUUUUGUGAAAGUGACUACUCAGGUUUGUUAUAUAUGUUAGUCUCAAUAAAGAAAUUGCACAGGUUUGGAGAAGGAAAAUAUAUCCUAUAGAUUUACAUUUGAAUUUAGGACUAUUCAGUAUGUAUAGUUUUUUAUCAGUUUAGAGAAUCAUAGUAGACUCAGUCAUAUUGAUUUAAAGUAGCCGUCAAGGGCUAGUUCUUGGAAAUUAUUUGUUGUGUCUGUGUUAGGAAACAAUUUUACAGUAUUAAAUUACAUUACUAUGGAUUUAGAAGUGAAUUACACUGGAUUCUCCCUGCUUAACCCUCUGUAUUUUAUUUUAGCUGAGAUAUCACCAAAGUUAGGACCGAUGUUCAGAUUUUUUAAUAUCCCACACAGAAUAAACCAAGGGAACUGCCCUGGCCCUGGAGUUGCAAAUCUCUGUAAAAGAAUAUAAUCUUACAGUAUGCUUUGGGGUAGUAGAGAUCUCCAUAAAAUACCAAUCCAAUCUAGAUUCUUAGAAGUUUAGGUGUGGGAGGGGUCAAUGGGAGAUUUCCCUCCAGUCCCUGCAUCCUCAGUAAUUGCAGAAUAGUCUGCCAAAUAUGUGAGGCGGGAAGGGAAAGGAAUUGGAAACAUCCACGUUGUAGAGAUAAUUGGACCAUAGACACCUGUUCACAGAUGAUGGAAAUGACGGCUUACUAACCUGCUGGUGGUGCUGACCCACGAAGUGUCUCCCAAGUAUGGCACAUACAGACAGGCAAUUUUCUUUCCAACAAACUUGUUUUAAUUGGUGUUUCCAAAUCAACUGAAUCAGAAGCCUAACACCCACAUGGUCCAGCUUAGAAUUAGAAGAAUAAAUAAGUCCGAUCUGUUAGAUGGCUCUUGGCUGCUGUUGAGCUAAUAAAAGCCAGCCUAGUCUUAGGACUGCCGUUCUGUGUCUGCCACUGUAACACAGGCCUCCUGUGUAGCACUUCUCACGAGGGAUGCCACAGCCAUCAGGCCUCCGGUCACUAAGCUGAGUGCACUCUGCUUCCACCUCACCCUCUGUUCCUGGGUCUAAAGAAAUGCUGUGAGCAAUAUUGGGGAGCAAGGAAUUGGCGAGUCCCUUUACCCCUUGGUUAUUGAGGAAAUGAAAUAGAAAACUGAACUACUAUAUUAAGUUCUAACACUGUGAGAAUUUAGGGGUGCCUAGUCCUUACAGGACCUAGUCCUGUACAUUCCUCCUCUGGUCUGGCCCCAACUUUUAUUGAUCUUGGAAGUACUAGGUCCCCUGGAGCAGCCAAAACACAGUGCUGCACUUGUGUGAGCCCCUGGCCCACUCCUGCAGACAUGAGCUUCUGUUUGCACCUUUCUUCUUCCAGAGCUUCUCUUCCAGAUGCAGAAAACCUCAUUUACAGUCUUCAGUAGGAAACGGGGUUAUGUGAGAUUAAUAGUUAGAAUGUAGUAUGUAAGGGUGACUUAAAAUUCGCCUUGGACUAGGACCUGUAUCCAUUGGUCACUGUGACCUUGUCAGUAUGCCGACUCUCCAUGGUCCCCAGUGACAUAGCUGUGCAUGAUUGGAAGCACUCUUUGAUUUAGUGGUAGAUUUCCUUUUAUCAAACUUAGUCAUAACUUCGAAACCUUAGGGCCUAAAAGAAAUAAGAUUGAGAAAGAAAAGUAGAGCCUUUUAGAAGGUUUAGGGUGUAUGUCUUUGUCCCCCAACCCCAGCCCUGCUGUGAAAUCUGUUUAAAAAAUCAAUUAGCAGGAGCUAUUGGCUAAAAUUCCUUGUUUAUAAGAAUGUGAAGAAGAGGUAGAAAUAUGCAGGGUUCUUGUUCAUGUAACUCUCCAUUCCAUCUUAAAAAUAAAGGGACAGCCACUCUGCCUUCUGAGCAAGAUUGGUUUUGGGUCUUCUGGUAGUACACCUGACUGAGCCUGUGGUAGUUCAUGCUGAGCCCAGGCCCCAGGCCAGCUGCUCUCAAAAGAUAAACCUCAUGCUAGUCCUUAUAUUAAACUGUCGAUGGAAAGCGUGUAGUCUCCACCCCUCAGCUCAAUCCAAUUUCAACUUUAAAUGUCAGUGACUCUAGCUUCCUCCUGGCUGAACAUCUGGUGUUCUUGUCCAGUGGCGUUUACUUGCUGUGUGGUUGGAAUGUAUGUUCUCCUGGCAUCAAAGGGUCUUGAACACACAGCCAUCCCAUUGCAGUUCCCACCAAGUCUGCCACCAACAAGGCCUCAAGUCAUAGUGCUUGGUCACCCUUUUUUCUUUUAAUGAAUGUUCAAAUCUGUAAAUGAUCUACUGCUCUUAAAACUUAAUUUGAGGGUCUGGGGAUGUAGGUCUGUAGUAGAAUACUUGCCUAGCAUAUGCAGGGCCCUGUCUGUGUUCAAUCCCUAAAACUACAAAAUAAAACAGACCUAAGGCAGGUUUGGUGCUAUGGGUCUGUAACCCCAACUCUUGAAAGGCUGGGGCAGGAGGAUCACAAGUUCAAGCUUGCCUGGGCAACUUAGUAAGACACUGUCUCAAAAGUGAAAAGAAGGGUAGGGUAUAGCUCAGUGUUAGAGCUUUAUGCAGCAUGCAUCAGGCCCUAUCUUCAAUCCCUUCUUUCUCUCUCUUCUCUCUCUCUCUCUCUCUCUCUCUCUCUCUCUCUCUCUCUCUCUCUCUCUCACACACACACACACACACACACACACACACACACACACUUGAAAUUCCAUGGGAAGUCUUAAUGUAAAGUCCUAAACCCAAGGACAAUAUCAACAUUCUCACCUGUUUCAGAUAACCUCAUUUGGUCUUCUAGAAUUAAGUUCACUUUUUGGCCAGAUUCCUUAUAUACAUAACCCUGCUGUAAAGUUCCCUUCUAUGUAUCAGUGAGUGUUCAGUUCCAAGGGUUUCUGGAAUGUGGGUACCUCUUGUCAACAGCUAUGGCAAAGAUACUUAGCAUUUGGGUGUAUUGUGCAGAGGCAUUCUCCUUCUCUCUCCCCCCCCCCCCAAUGAAUUUACAGCACUGAUUUAGUAUAAAUGUGAGCCAGGCAUGAUGGUUCAGGCCUUUAAUCCCAGCAGGCAGAGGCAGAGGCAGGCAGAUCUCUAGAGUUCAAGGCCUGCUUGGUCUAGCUCCAGGCCAGCCAAAGCUAUGUAGUGAGGCCCUAUCCAAAAGAACAAACUCCCUAAGAAGUACGAAUGUGAUGAAUGUGAUUAGGACUUGGUGGUGAGAAGGCACUGGCCUACCUUUUUUUGUUCAGUGCACUGGACUCUAGCCUCAGGACCUGAGGUAGACCUUCCCAUUGAGAAGAUACGCUGCAUCCCUACUCACAGGUUGACACAAGCUUUGCUCUUGAGCCCUCUGCCUGUCAGUCUUGGGUUGAACAUACUCUGGGUGAAGUGGGACAUUGAGCCUUCUACUGUCUAGGCUUAAAUUGGCUGUUCUCAUCUCAUCCUCUCCCCUUGGGGUUCAAAGGGGACAGCUGUAUGGCUAGUGAGUAAUUUAUCGCUCCACCUCAUUCUGUAGCUGCUUUGGCCCUUGAUUUCUCUAAGCAGGGGUACUUGUCAUUUGACUUGUGGACAGCCUGUACACAGUGUAAACAUUAGUUUCCUGCUACGAAAGUGAAUGCCCUAUGAACUGUCCUGGCCAGUACUGGAAAGGGAAUGUAUUUAUUUUUAUAUUGUAUAUAUUUUGUCAUGGUCUGCUGGUUCCCUGUUUCACUGAGAGCGACAAUUACCUCAAUAGUUAGUUGGAUAUUGUGUGUUGGAUAAUUUUUUGGAAGAACUUUUUAAAAAGCUUUUUUGAUCUUUGGAGAUCUGUAGAUUUAUUUCCAUAUGAACUGGUUAUUUUGUAUAAAGUACAUUGUUAAAUUA